AUGGCUGAGGUUAUUGGUAUUGCUUCAGGCCUUGCCGGCUUGGUUUCCUUGGCGCUGCAAUCGAGCACAGCGCUAUACAGCACUGUUCAAAGCCUUCGCAAUCGAGAAAAGUCUAUCCGGGAUCUCCGAGAUGCGCUACAGGACCUUGAUGAGGUGCUAAAUAUCCUUCGAGAAUCAAUUGACACCGCCCCCUUCCUUAACAGUGGAAUCAUUGAACGUCCCUUGGGUCGAUGUUGUAAAGCUUGCAAUGAUUUUAACGCGUUGAUCAUGAAUUGUUCCGAACAUUCGACGGACAAGAAAUUCAGUAUCCGUGAUUGGGCAAAAUUGCGGUAUAUGGGCGAAGACAUCGUUGGCUUUCAGACUAUGAUCUCAGGCUACAAAUCCACAAUUACCAUUGCCCUUGCCUAUGCCAAUAUGAAUUUAACCAAAACAACGAAAAACGUUAUCGAUGAAUACAACGAACUCAUCGAAGACACCAAAUGUGAUCUUACUCUUCAUCUACGGUCCAUUGAGGAUAGAUUGAAGUCAUUGUCCUCUGGAGAAAUGGAAUCCAUGAAUUUUCAUAUGAUGGAAGAGGAAAGAGAAAGCACGCAGCAUGGCCUCGAAAUAUGUGAUCAAUUUUCUGCUUAUAUAGAGAAGACGAGGUCCACUUCGCUACAGAAGAUGACUCGGGUUCCAACCAUUUCCGAAGUGGGAUCAUCACCCAUAGGGCACAACUACAACAACAUACCUUGGUUGAUCCUCUCUCAGGCCUUGACUUCUGCGGAGAGAGAGGUCAUUAAUUCUAGGUUGAGGCUACUGCAACAUCACCAUGAGCGAGGACAGCCCCGAGUAUUACAUCACCAAAAAUCGCUGCCACAGAACGAUAAAACAGGCGAGCAGAAUGAAAGUCAAGAAGAGGCCGCCAAUAUCAAAGAAUCUUUGAAUUUCUUUGAUCGAAUAUCUCAAGAAACGAGCAAAGAUCGAACCAACCAUUUCGAGGAUAUCACGACUGGCGAUAGGAGUACACAGGCUGUUGUGUCAACGCUCAAAGAUCUUAUCUCUGCAAGACGAAUCACUUCGGGAUCUGACUCGCUACAGGUCUUAGGGCAGGUGUCUGAUGAUUCACUACAGCGUAUGCUACAAGGACGCUAUAAAAACAGUGAACAGUGA